AUGAGUGAAAAUUUUUUAUUCGUUUAAAUCAGAAGAGAGAGUCGAGUGCAAUACUAGAGAACCAGUUAAUUUUUGCAGUAAGGUAUAUUCAUAAUAUUGAUCAUAGAGUAUUUAAUCAGUUUAAUAUAGCAUCUGCAUUUUUUAACUCAGUUACAUUAUUUAUGUCUUAAGAGCUACCAUUAAUCGUUGAGAAUUUAAUAGAAGAAAUUGGAACGCUUAGAUUGUAUUUAGCCUCUAAAAUAAAUGAUUAGUAAUCUUAAUGA